CUCGAUGUCUAGAGGAAGCCUCACUAGCGUGGCGGUAGAGCGGUCAGCUACUAGCGCGGCAGAAAAAGUUCCCUCUCCAAUGUUGAAUCGCACUUUCGAGUUCAACUUUCACAUCUUGCGUCUUGUACACACGCGCAACAUGGCCGACGAAACAGUUCAGACGCUGCUACAAUUCUCAGGUCACCGUCACCUCACUACGCGGCUUCUAUUGUCGACACUCACUGGCCGUCCGAUCCGCAUUUCCAAAAUUCGCCCUUCUUCUACACGGCCUGGCCUCACGCCCUAUGAGACCAAUUUCAUACGUCUCCUCGACUCUGUCACCAAUGGCGCACAAAUACAAUUCUCAAUGACGGGUACGACGCUUGUUUAUCGACCAGGUCUCAUCACCGGAUGCGCCGAGGGCCUCGGUGCCAUAGGAGGGACGGUCAGGCAUGAGAUACCACGAGAGUGCGCGAGGAGAGGUGUAAGUUGGUGGUUGAUUCCAUUGGCUAUACUGUCCCCUUUCAGCAAAGGCCCUGUCAACGUCACGAUUUGGGGCGAGGGCUGCAUCACUUCUUCUACAACCCAUGGGGACAUUUCCGUGGAUUCCGUGCGCACAUCCAUUCUCCCGCUUUUCAGGAACUUCGGUAUCGAGCGAAAUAUUGAACUGAGAGUCCUCAAGAGGAGUUUCGCGCCAUCCCAAGGGAAGAGUGCGGGAGGAGAAGUGCAGCUAGUUUUUAGCCACCAGGUUCGGUUACCAAAGACGUUGCACUUGAUGAACAAGGGACGCGUGAAGCGAAUCAGAGGUGUUGCCUACGCGGUCGGUGUAUCUGGCUCCAACAAUGCACGCAUGAUUGAAGUCGCAAGAGGAGUUCUCAACAAAUUCGUCCCGGACACCUACAUUUUCUCAGACGUUUCACCAGCACCGCUCAUCCCAACCUACUCAAAAUCAGAUCCAAACGGGAAGACCAAGGGAGCUGUGGGAUUUGGAUUGUCGCUUGUGGCGGAAUCCAGCACAAAUUGCAUGUACUCGGCCGACGUGGCGAGUCCACCUCUGGGAGGAAUCACACCAGAGGAUAUUGGGAAACAAUGUGCAUACCAAUUGUUGGAGAAGAUCAGUCAAGGCGGAUGCGUGGAAGUAACUUCCACAGAAACAAUGCUUCUCCUCAUGGCCAUGGGAAGCGAGGAUGUCGGCAGAUUAUGUUUAGGGAAGGACGUAUUGGGCACUGAAGAAGUCGUGCAAUUGGGAAGAGAUGUCAAAGUAUUUACAGGAGCGGCUUGGGGAUUGAGAGGACAUUCCUCUCGGGACGAGAGUGAAGAAGAUGAGAUUGUGGUUAGUGUCGUGGGUAGAGGAGUGGGAAAUGUCGGUAGAAAAGUUGCUUGA